AUGUUUGGACAGAUGAAGAAAAUGGGGCAAAUGAGGCUAUUUCUUCUCUUUCUGCUGAUCUACUCCUCCGAAUCCGCUCGCUGCAUCAACUCCAUUCACGCCCAAUGCGGCUCCAAUUUCCAGGCCUACAACUCGACUUUCUACCCAAAUCUCUUGGGCGAAUGGUCAGCAGAAGAAUCCAACGAGUCAUUCGCCAAGUUUUAUCCUUUGAAAAUGAUGCAAUGCUCAAAAUACAUCAACCUGUUUCUUUGCUCCGUUUUGUCGCCUGCUUGUGUGGACGAAAAUCUUUCAGGAACGCUUCCGUUUCUCAUCCCCGUUCCUCCAUGCCGAGAACUUUGCGAAAAAUCCCUGUCCGACUGCGCUUCCAUCCUUGAGGAAUUCGACAUUUUCCUCCCUCCACAAUUCCACUGCCUCAAUUUCCCGCGAGAAAACGACGGGCACAGUUGCAUUCCCCUCCAGUCCGAAUCCCUCCCUCUUCCAGACGGAACGCUGAGCUGGAACAACGAUGACUCAUCCUCUCUUGUCGAGCAUCAGCCUCAAUGUCCGACAACUCAGCGGGCUAAAUACUCCUCCUGGAGCUUCAUGGAUCUUCCAAGCUGCUCUCAACCUUGCGAGCCAAUGAACAAGAGCGAAAAAGAAACGAAGCUGAUCAGAAUCGUCAGCGGCCGACGCUGUUUUUUUGCGAUGUGCUAUUUGGUGAUUUCGCUGAUAUGUGUUGUCGGAUUGGUUUCGCCGGAGAGCAUCGUUUGCUCGGAAAGGGAAGUCAAUGAGGAUCAGACGAUUGUCCAAGGAACAGGACUAAUUCAAGGAUCCACCCAUCGGCCCUGCACCAUCAUGUUCAUGCUUUUCUUCUACUUUUCCAUGGCCGCUCUUUGUUGGUGGUUUUCCUUGACGAUGUCAUGGGGUCUUUCUUCGGUCUUUCAGUGGUCUUCUGAGGCGAUUGCUACGAGCAGUACGCUGUUGCAUGUGUUUGGUUGGGGACUUCCAGCGCUUUUUACCAUGGUUGGCGUCUCAAAACACGAGAUCCAGGGGGAUCCCUUUCUCGAAAUCUGCGUUCUCUCCAACUCUGAUUUCUCCCGCUGGACCAUGACCUUCCUCCCUCUUGCCUUCUGCUCUAUCUUUGGAACCCUCGCAUUCGCGAUCGGCCUCUGUGCUCUAAGAAAAGUAAAAGACACAAUCAAAAUCGACAAAAAUUCGAACAAGAAGCUUCAAAUCUUCGUCUUGCGAUUGACGGUCUUUUCGUUGUCCAUUCUCAUCCCGAGUUUCAUCCAGCUUCUGUUAAAGUUCUACGAAGCAGAUCAUCAACGAUCCUGGGAAAAGAAGUUUUACGAAGACAACUGCAUGGAACUAAUCGUCCCUUGCCCAAUGGAAAAGUCAGAAAUCGAGCCUGCUUCGACUGGACUGAUAAUUUUCAAGUAUUUUGUGGUUCUAGCGCCUGGUCUUGCCCCACUCGUCUGGAUCGCUAAUUCGAAAACGAUCAAAAACUGGAGCUGGAAGUCGGAUAAUUCAACGACAACUUCUUCAAGCUGUAUAAAAUCGAAUUUGAUUGAAGAAAAAUCUUCUCUGGCUGGAGAUUCUAGAGCGGAAUCGUUUGAGCCAGUUCAGCCGGUCACGAGCAGUCCCCAGCCGGACUCAAGAUUUGUUUAUGUGUAA